AUGCCGUACCGAGCCCGGGAUGCCAUCAGUGCCGGCACCGGUACCGUACCGGGCCCGGUCAAGAGCGGCGGUCCCGGUGCGGUGGAGCUGGCGGCGGCGCGGCGGAGGCUCGUGGCGGCCGAGGGGCGGCGGCGGGCGGCGGCCGAGCUGGAGGGGCGGGUGCGGCAGGUUCACUGCGCUCUGCUGCACGCCGAGCUGCGCCUGGCAGCCCGUGCCGAGACCCUGGGCCGCCUCGGGGCCGGCGUGGCUCAGGCUCAGCUCGCCCUGGCGGCCCAGAGCCAGCGGCUGCAGAAGGGGCUGCGCCGCCGCCCGCGGCCCCGGCCCGGAGCGCUGCUGGCGGCCGCCCGUGCCCUCCGCAGCUGCGUGCCCUGGGCAACUGCGCGGAGCCGCGGGGCCACCGCGGGCACCCCCGUGCGCCGCCUGCCCGCUGCAUCCCGCGGCUCCGCGUAG